AAACAGGAAGCCCAAAAAAAUCUUGUCAACUCAAGAGUGUACGUAAGCCUCGGCUGACUGCCGCUGCCUCACAGUUUAUCGUGGUCGCCUAACUAACGUUACGGUUAGAAACUCGUCUUAUCUGGUCGCCACUGAAAGACCAAAUGGGGUGCUUCUUUUCGAAAAAAUCCAAAAGAAAGUCCUCCGAAAAAGAUGACCGCACACCGACAACAACGACUGUCGAAACGACGACAAGCAACGCGGUUCCCCUUGGCAACAACACCGACGAGGCACCGAAGCAAUACAGCUGGGAUAAGAGAGAAAAGGUGGAUCCAAAGGACUACAUGCUGUCAGGGCUCAAAGAUGUCACGGUGGGCCGUCUGCCCGGCAAACUGAACGGGCAACAGUUCGUCAUCCAGGAGUGCGAGAAUUGCAACAUCUACGUGUUCGACCACUCGGCAACUAUCACUAUCGAUGACUGUGUCAAUUGCCGCAUUGUUCUAGGACCUAUCAAGGGCAGUGUGUUUUUCAGGGACUGUAAAGACAUCAAGUGCGUGGUGGCCUGUCAGCAGUUUCGCACCCGAGACUGUAAAAAGAUGGAGGUGUUCUUGUGCUGUGCCACUCAGCCCAUCAUUGAGUCAUCUACGGGUAUGAAGUUUGGCUGCUUUCAGUACUUCUACCCCGAGCUGGCCUUCCACUUCAAAGAUGCCGGGCUCAGCAUAUUCAACAACAACUGGAGCAACAUCCACGACUUCACGCCGGUGUCCGGAGAGAACAACUGGAGCUUGUUGCCAGAGACUUCAUCGGUUCUGGAUCAUAUACCGAUCCCAGACCCUGAGUCUGAAUUCAAAUCUGUUCGAAUCUCCACUGACCCCCAACGCAGCAUUGUGCCUUUGACAAAGGGAGGCAGGCGUAAGGACAGUGAAGAGUCCUGCCUCUUUGUUUUCUUCUCAGGAGAAUACACCACUGCAAAUGCCCGCAAACUGAUCGAUGAGGCCACUGCUAAAGGUUUUGUGCUGAUCCAGACAAAAGAAGUGUCAAUGCGACCUGAAGAUGUGAAGAGAGUGUUUCAGAACAGUGCAGAGGAUCUUGUGGAGUGGAUCACCAAAGGUCCUGUCAUCGCCCUCGAGCUGAGCGGGGACGGAGUUGUAGCCGGCUGCAAGAACAUCGCUAAUGAAGUGUUCAGUGGAACCAAGGUCUUUGUCUCUGAUAACAAAAAUACAUCCUCUCAAGAUGUGGACAGCUUCUUCAAUUUUGCUGACAUGCAGAUGGGCUUGUAAAUGAUCAAGUAUCAAAACAAACUGCUCAUCAGACAUGGAAUCUGAUCUUUAAAACCCCCCCGCCAUCCAGUUGGGGAUGAGUAUGAGUAGCUUUUGGUUAUUGGCCUUUGUUCGUCCCCAAUCAUAGAAUCGCAAUGGAAAAUAUUAAGGACUUGAGUUUUAUAAAGCUUUGGAUAAAACAAUUCAGUUCCUCAACCAAAAUCUGUCCCCUUAUCAUCUAAAAUCAUUAGCUGUAACUCAGUAGUUGCGAUAGUACUGUGAAUAUUUAUAUUUAUAUGAAUGUAUUCUGUUGCUUUUAUCGAAUGUAGCUCUUUGCUGUAUAUGUAAGUUGAUUCAAUUUAAAGCUUUGUUUUUCUUGGUGGAAAAACCCAUGUGCACACGAAUGCCUGAAGGGAAUUAUUGUAUAUAUAUAUAAAUCAUAUUCUUAUUUCUUGUAUAUGUGGAUUAGAUAAUGGAUUUGUUUAAAAAGUGUAUAUUUGAAAUAUGCUGUGUAGGUGUAACUACAUCUUUAAUAAUAUCUGUUAGGCCAAAGUUUGUAUCUUACUGUUGCAGAUGAGCUGACCUGUCAACACUUGUGAAAUUGCUGUUUUUUUUUCAUGUAGGCAUCUCAUGUGAUCAUCGUUUCUAUUUUGUAAUAUUUGUUUUAUACUCUACUGAAUGUUUUUGUACGGACACAAAUUAAUGUUCUUUAUCAUUUUUUAGUAAAAGUUUAUGUGUGACUUCAUUUUGUUAUAAGGCUUUUGACACCAUUAUAGGGUUAUACCCGUCAUAGAGUGACACUUGAGCCAAUGGUAACAACAGGAUGAAACCACAGUGUGGUAAAGAAUCCGUCCUCCUGAGUUAGUGAAGUUCCUCUAGUCACUAUGAACUGCACACCGCUUGCUUUUAAGGUUGUCAUUUACAAUAAAAGAUAUGAAGAAAUGUCAAGGUUAACUUUUUUUUUUAACCCAGCCAGCCUGUUAUUUAUUUGUAAAGAGCUACCAAAGUUCAACUUGAGAUAGCUAUUUGAAAUGUUAAACAAGCUGUAAAUGGAAAUACUCCUGAAUGACUGCAUGUACUUCAUGGUGAGCUGGUAGAAAAAAAAAAAAGUUAUUUUCCUUGGUGUUGUUACAGAAGCACAUUGCAUAGUUAUUAGAGAUUGGUUCAUUUUUGAGGUGAAAACAUGAAUUCCCGCAUUUUUCUGAAUCAUGUGAGUUCAUUGUGCUGCCUUCCUUAGUGAUACACAUUUAGCAGCUCUCACUUCAGCUAUUUGACUUUCACCUACUUAAACUGCAUCUUCAUUUUUAUCAUUUGGUUUGCUAUUGAUUGUACCAGUCGAUGGCUAUAACAGCUUCACUCAGUCUGUGUUGGGACAUAUCAAUUAUUAAUUAAUCAGUAAUAACAUGCAACACAUUGCAAUUUUAGUUAAAGAUACAUUUUGCCUGAUAUGUAUCAAAUUGUUCUCUACAGUUGCCUUUAAGGGAAUAUACAUUGGGAUUUAUUGUGAUGUACUUUGUAUUUAUAAACAUUUUGUACUUCA